AUGUCGCAGUACGGGCAUUUCUUCGACGCUUGCCGCGAUGCCGGUUCACGAUUCGCUACGAUUCCCGUCUGCAAUCUCUUCGAUGAGUCUCAGGCAAGAGGUGGUUCUGGGUUCGACGACGGUUGCAAUCUCGAGGGCAUACACUUGAGCAAUGGGCGAUACCUGGCAAACUUGGGGUCUAUACUCAUCGCUGGUCUUGCGAUACUCAUAUCUCUCUUUCUGCUCUGGAGAUCGGACAGGAAAAAAGCAGCGGUUGGCCGAAGAGAAAUGCAGAUAUUUUUGAUAGGGUACAUCGUGAUUGAGAUUUGUGAAAUCUUCACAGUCGGCGGCUUCCCUCUCAAUGGCGGCGUCCGGAGAGCUUUCUCGGCUGUCCACAUCGCGGCUGUCGUUGCUACGCUAUGGAUCCUCAUGAUGAACGGCGCGGUUGGGUACCAGCUCAUCGACGACGGAACACCUUUAUCGUUGUCUCUGAUAUUCGGCUCGGCUGCGGCUCUAUUCAUCGGCACCGGCUACAUUGCACUGGACACUAGCUUCAGCUGGACUGGGUACUGGGACUCCACACUCACGGCCCCAAACCAAGCAUAUGCGCUAUAUACGCUCUACUUUCUGGUGCCUCUGGUGUUCCUCUUCGUAUACUUCGUGCUGGAGACGGUCCUUGUGCUGAAGGUCCUUGGUGAGGUGCGGCCAAUGCUCUUCCUCGCCGCUGCUGUACUGCUCUUCGCUGUCGGCCAGAUCUUCCAGUUCGUCAUCAGCGUGCACAUAUGCAAUGGCACCGAUCGCAAGAUUAACGGCGGACUUUUCGAAACUCUCUUCACCUUACUGAGCGUAAUAAUGAUAUGGGUAUUCUGGUCAAGCAUCACCGAAGACGACUGGCCCAUGCCACCGCCUGGCGGAAGUACAUAUACCUAG